AAAUCAGCAUGGGGUGAAGUAAAUUGCACUACGCAUGCGCGGCAUUCUGACGUAUGGAGCAAACAGCUAUUCGUAUGUGCACCAUAACAGAGCAAAAAGAGAGCGGGACUGAGGGAAAGACUGAUAUGAAAGGAUAUACAUAGAAGGAAAAUAAGAAGAAAAAACACCAAGGGGAACCAGUGAAAAUAAGCUCGUCAAGCAUUUUCAAUGAUCAGUUUAGCAAACUUUUAUUCGUUGUGAAAAAAGGGACAUUCCCGAAAACGAUUGCCGCGUUCAUGUGCUAGUCGGAACUUGUUAACUGGUUGUAGUUCUACAUGUGCCACGUUCAACCAGUUUGCAAGUCGAAAAUGUCAGAGUUUCCCAGUUCCGACUAACGCGUGAACGCGACAUAAGCAGCACGAAUAGCUGCAUCACAUUGCUCAAUUGCAUGGCUGUCCAAAAUUACAUGAAAAUCAAAACAGCCAACUGAAAGACCGCUGCUUUCUCGCGCUCAUAUAGAUGGAGAGACAGAGCGGUGGUGAGCGAUGGAUGCGUGGACAGAGAUGAACAUUGGGUAGUGUCGGUAAAGAUCCAAGAGACUGGAAAGUGGACAGUAAAUAAUUGCAAACGGGGAGCUGUCAAAAUAAUGGAUUUUAGCGUGCUACGGAAUCUCAUCAGCAGAUACUGUGCGGGGGAGGAGUAUUGGGUGGACAGUCGUACGGUUUACAUCGGUCACAAAGAACCCCCGCCGGCGGCCGAGGCCUAUAUCCCUCAGCGUUACCCUGACAACCGCAUCGUCUCCUCCAAGUACACCUUAUGGAACUUCAUCCCCAAGAACCUGUUUGAACAGUUCAGAAGAAUCGCCAACUUCUACUUUCUGCUAAUCUUCCUGGUCCAGCUCAUCAUAGACACGCCCACCAGCCCUGUCACCAGUGGACUGCCUCUCUUCUUUGUCAUCACUGUCACCGCCAUUAAACAGGGUUAUGAAGACUGGCUGAGACACAAGGCAGACUGCAGUAUAAAUGAGUGUCCCGUGGACAUGGUGCAGCAGGGGAUGGUGGUGAGGACACAGAGCUCCAAGCUACGGGUGGGGGACGUUGUCAUGGUGAGGGAGGACGAGACGUUCCCCUGUGACCUCAUCCUCCUUUCAUCCAGCCGCGGUGACGGAACCUGCUACGUCACCACUACCAGCCUGGAUGGAGAGUCUAGCCACAAGACCUACUAUGCUGUACCAGACACCAUGGCCUUUAAGACAGAGCAGGAGGUGGACUCUCUACAUGCGACUAUUGAAUGUGAACAACCACAGCCUGACCUCUACAAAUUUGUGGGGCGCAUCAAUAUUUAUAAGGAAAGAGAGGAUCCCAUAGCCAAACCGCUGGGAGCUGAGAACCUUCUCCUCAGAGGAGCUACCCUGAAGAACACAGAACACAUUUAUGCUGUAGCCAUCUACACAGGCAUGGACACCAAGAUGGCGCUUAACUACCAGUCCAAAUCCCAGAAACGCUCAGCUGUGGAAAAGUCUAUGAAUGCGUUCCUAAUCGUGUAUCUGUGUAUCCUGAUCAGUAAAGCGGUCAUUAACACGGUUCUGAAGUAUGCGUGGCAGUGGUCUGCUGACCGCGAUGAACCCUGGUACAACCACAGGACCGAGAUUGACAGAGAACGCCAUGUGGUGAUCAGGGCGUUCACAGACUUCCUGGCCUUCAUGGUGUUGUUUAACUACAUCAUCCCAGUCUCCAUGUACGUUACCGUGGAGAUGCAGAAGUUCCUGGGUUCUUACUUCAUAGCCUGGGACAAGGAUAUGUAUGAUGAGGAGCUGGGGGUGGGGGCUCAGGUCAACACAUCUGACCUCAACGAAGAGCUAGGACAGGUAGAGUAUGUGUUUACUGAUAAGACAGGGACGUUGACAGAGAACAACAUGGAGUUUAUAGAGUGCUGUGUGGACGGACACGUCUAUAUCCCCCACGCCAUCUGUAAUGGACAGAUCCUCAGUGCUGCUUCCAGCAUAGACAUGAUCGACUCUUCGCCUGGAGGAUACCGCAGGGAGCAUGAGGACCUGUUCUUCCGGGCUCUGUGUCUGUGCCACACGGUGCAGGUGAAGGAGGAGGAGACAGUGGAUAGCAUCAAGAGAGGGAUCCACCUGGGAAAACCCACCUCCUUCUACAUAUCAUCCUCUCCUGAUGAGGUGGCUCUGGUGGAGGGCAUGACGAGGUUGGGGUACACCUAUCUGAGACUCAAAGACAGUCAUAUGGAAAUACUCAAUAAGGACGAUGAGAUUGAAAGGUUUGAGCUGCUUCACGUGCUCAACUUUGACUCUGUCAGGAGGAGAAUGAGCGUCAUUGUCAAGUCUUGCUCAGGGGAGUACCUGUUGUUCUGUAAAGGGGCAGACACCUCCAUCUUUCCCAGGGUGGUGUCAGGGAAGGUGGAGCAGGUGAGGGCACGGGUGGAGCAGAAUGCUGUGGAGGGCUUACGGACCCUGUGUGUGGCCUACAGAAGUCUGUCCCCAGCGGAGUAUGAGGAAGCAUGUCAUCAGCUGAGCGACGCCAAGCUGGCCCUGAAGGACAGGGAUCAACGGCUGGCCCAAGCCUAUGACCUCAUUGAGAGGGACUUCACCCUGCUGGGGGCUACGGCCGUGGAGGACAGGCUCCAGGAGAAGGCAGCAGACACCAUCGAGUCUCUCCAAAAGGCUGGGAUGAAGGUAUGGGUGCUGACGGGGGACAAGAUGGAGACAGCGGCGGCUACGUGCUACGCUAGCAAACUGUUCCGCCGCUCCACACAGAUACUGGAGCUGACCAAGAAACGCACAGAGGAACAGAGUUUGCAUGAUGUUCUGUUUGACCUGAGCAGGACUGUACUCAGACAACGCUCCCUGUCAGGGCUGUCUGUGGAAUGUCAGGACUAUGGUCUGAUCAUAGACGGGGCCACCCUGUCUGCUGUGCUGAAGCCCAGUCCAGAGAGCUCUGGCUCAGGGAACUACAGAGAAAUCUUCCUGGAGAUCUCUAGGAACUGCAGUGCCGUGCUCUGCUGCCGCAUGGCGCCCCUACAGAAAGCACAGAUUGUGAAGCUGAUCAAGGCAUCUAAGGAGCACCCCAUCACUCUGGCCAUCGGAGACGGAGCCAACGACGUCAGCAUGAUUCUCGAGGCACACGUGGGCAUCGGCAUCAUGGGUAAGGAGGGGCGCCAGGCGGCGAGGAACAGUGACUACGCCAUCCCAAAGUUCAAACACCUGAAGAAGAUGCUGUUGGUGCACGGACACUUCUACUACAUCCGCAUCGCUGAGCUGGUGCAGUACUUCUUCUACAAGAAUGUGUGCUUCAUCUUCCCUCAGUUCCUCUAUCAGUUCUUCUGUGGAUUCUCACAGCAGCCACUGUACGACACAGCCUACCUGACGCUGUACAACAUCAGCUUCACCUCGCUGCCCAUCCUCCUCUACAGCCUCAUAGAGAAACACAUCAGCAUAGAGAUGCUCAAGAGAGAUCCCACUCUGUACAGGGACGUAGCUAAGAACGCUCUCCUGCGCUGGCCCGUGUUCCUCUACUGGACGUGCCUGGGCUUGUUCAAUGCCUGUAUCUUCUUCUUUGGUGCCUACUUCUUGUUCGACAACACCACCUUCACCAGUAACGGACAGAUGUUUGGAAACUGGACCUUCGGGACUCUCGUCUUCACUGUGCUGGUGUUUACUGUCACGCUCAAGCUUGCCUUGGACACACACCACUGGACCUGGAUCAACCACUUUGUCAUCUGGGGCUCCCUGCUUUUCUAUAUCAUCUUCUCACUGCUCUGGGGAGGCAUCAUCUGGCCCUUCCUGAACUACCAGAGAAUGUACUAUGUGUUCAUGCAGAUGUUGUCCAGCGGUCCGGCCUGGCUCGGCAUCAUCCUUCUCAUCACGAUCAGCCUGCUGCCUGAUGUGGUCAAGAAGGUCCUCUGCAGAACCCUGUGGCCCACCGCCACUGAACGCGCACAGAGGGUGAGGGCUGAUGGCGUGUGUGAGGGGAGUGUGUCCCCGGCCACGGGCCCGGACCCCAGUCCUGUUGCUGGUGGUGGAGGCAGUGAGAGCGACAUGCUUUGCCCUGCUAGGACCUGUGAGGGGGAAAGAGGAGGUGAAGUGGUGCGAGCUGCCAGGACUUAUGACUCCAUGAUGUCACACAACCCUAACUACCUUCUCAGCCACGCCCCCUCAGAUGGCGAGGGUUGUUACGGUAACUGUGGGGUACAUCUUGGACAUUGACAAGCUGUUGCAGAGCAGUGUAGCAGAGUUGACCCCCGUGUCCUCUCGCCCUUCUGGCCCCUCCUCCAAACGGGAGAGCACUGACUCCUUCCACCUUCACCUUGGGGUUCCGGGGCCCCUAACACUCCACAGGUCUGAGUUCUUCCCCCACAAACUGGUAUUGGCCCACUGGGCUGAUGGGGGUGGGGCAGACCUCCGCACCCUCAUCCCCUACGUGCUCCGUAAACUCGGGCUGGCUUUGCCUACUACCCAGCAGGGCCAGAGACCUCGGUGUGACACACCGAGACCAAUAUGUGACCUAAACCUACAAAUACUAUGGAUUUGUGUUCCACUCAUAAACAAUGCAUACACACAAACGCUCACGAAUUCUCACAUACUCCUCAAACAUGAAACAUUUACCAUGUGCAUUGUCAGCCAUUCGGAAGCGGAUACGAUUUGAGGCUUCCACAUGCUUCAGUUCGGCUGGCGCCUUGCCGAGAAUGUAACGAGUGCGCUUGCAUACUCCCUUAAGACUUUCGCUUGAAAAAUCAAUACAAAAUGUAUGUCCGUUUUGAGAUGCCGUAGCCAGCAUACAAUUCCUCAAAAUAGACAGAAAUAAUCUAAGAACUCGUGAAAUUGACGUUUUUGCCGAUGAGAUCUUAGUUGAGCAAUUUACAUCUAACUAAGAUGAUUGGUGCAGUAUUUAUCAAUGAAAAAAUGUGCAACAAAGACUUUAUUGAAGAAUCCCUACUGUUGACCAAUCACCGACUUCGGCUACCGACUUCGGCUUGCCUCGAGAAAACAUGUUGUGUCCCUGAACAGCCGAAAAAACUCUUUCCAAAGUCCAAAAGGAUAAACAUUUCAGAAAAUGGCGUCAUAAUAUAUGCACAAACUCUUACGAACUGUUUGGGCUGGGAAGCAUGCGGACGCCUUUGUGACCUCCAAGCUGCCUCCCAUUGGUCCUAUCAUAGUUCUAUUUCAGUCUGGUCCUGAUCCCAGUCCACACCACUACUCUACGGUACUCUACUAUUCUAUUCUACUACUUUACUACUCUAUUCUACUACUUUACUACUCUACUACACUACUCUAUUACUCUACUCUUCUGCUACU